UUUGCUGAAUAUGAGGCAAAUCACUUCCACUACAUCGCCGCGGGGCAUAAGGAUAUCUUACAGCCGACGACCGACUCGGACAACAAGGAUGAUACCACAGUCCAUGGAGCUGGUACCAGCUCCGACAGAGUAAACAAGUUAAAUAUAGACCCCAACGAUGUGGUUGCCGACGAUAAGAAGAGACUGCAGAACUACGGCAGGCCAUACGACAGCAAUGGUAACCCAUCUGGCACUUACUACUCAUACCCCAAGCGGUUGGAUGAGGUUAGAGACGAGCUCUAACCGCAUGUAUAAACGUAUGAAUAAAAGGAACAAUCGGCAUACCGGG